CCUCACACGCCAGGCAGGGUAAAGGACCCGCACUGUAAACCUGUGCCACAGCCUACCGUGGUGGUUUACUCUCCUCGCUGGGUUACUACAAGUUGGAGAGCAGACGCAUGCGUACUGACUUGGAGCAGCCGGUCGGGGAAAAAAAGCCCUAUGUGCCAUCGGAUGUAAUCAAGGCAAAGAAUUACCUCUUCGCGCUGUGCAUACAUGGUGAAAUUCCCAUGGGAUCAGAGCGGAUGGAGAUGCGAAAGAGGCAGAUGUCGGUGCAGCAGGAGUCGGCAGCGGGGGGAACUGCACCGGCCCAGCAGGGCCAGCCGGGCCAGGCCAACCCACGGGGCUCGAACGCAUGUUGCUUCUGCUGGUGCUGCUGCUGUAGCUGUUCCUGGAAUGAAGACCGGGAUGAGAGGAACCGAAAGACUUCCUAUGACGUCAAGGAAGGGACCGCAGACUGUGAAGACUGUCCUAAGCCCACGCUGGAGGAGGUGCGCUCAUGGGGGCAGUCGUUUGACAAGCUGAUGUGCUGCCCGGCAGGGAGGAACUCCUUCCGACAGUUUCUUCGCACCGAGUUCAGCGAGGAGAACAUGCUCUUCUGGUUAGCCUGUGAUGAGUUCAGGCAAGAGACCAACAAGAGUGUGAUCGAGGAGAAGGCUCGGGUCAUCUAUGAGGACUACAUCUCCAUUCUCUCGCCUAAAGAGGUGAGCCUUGACUCCCGUGUGCGCGAGUCGAUCAACAGGAGCAUACAGGAGCCCACCUUGCACACGUUCGACGAUGCCCAGCUGCAGAUCUACACACUAAUGCAAAGAGACUCGUAUCCCCGCUACAUGAACUCCCCAGCCUACAAAAACCUGCUCAACACUCUGUCAGAGCAGUCCCCUGAAUCUUAGGGUGUUGAUGACCUGUGAUCUUUUAACUGUCUUUAUCCCCCUCCCCCCCAACCUCCAAGCCCAUUACCCCUCAUCCUUACCCCCUUUUUUAAAGUUUUUUUUUCCUUUUUUUUUUUUUUUGUAUGUCCAGUGUAGGAUUACAUGAACCGGGCCUCGAGCCUGGCCCCUCCCAGGGAUUUCAGCGCUAUUGUGAUCUGCACCUGACCGAAGACACUCAGGUCUCAAAAAAAAAAAAUCUCCCGAGGGCUCGACAUCACAAGUACUGCUACAGAUUAACAUAGCAAAACACUCCAAAGGAAUAUGAAUACAUUUUGUUUUCUGUUUUCUUUCUUUUGAUAGAAAUAAUCUAUUUUAUUUGUGUUCAGAGUUUUUUAUGGUCUGUUGUUUUUUUGUAUGGUUGUUUGGGGGGAAAAAUGAUUCCUACUGUAGACUAUAUAUAUUUAUGAGUUUGUAAAUAGUACAAAAAAAAUGGAAUUGUGGGUAUUUUAUGUAGAAACGCCUGGUUCUAUUUACUGCGUAUGAAAAUCAAAGCUCAAGUCAAAGGCUAUGUGUUAGCUCUACUUGCAGGCAGCUUUGUGGGGUACUGUAUGAUUUUACCUUGGUUUCACCCUGUUUUUGUUACCUAACCUCACACUUUGGUACCUGUGACAGCGACUUGGCAACUCCAGUUCACAUAGAAACUGUGCGUGAUUGAAACUGCUAUAAGUGUGGUUAUUAGCAGAGUAAGGGAAAGUGACGAGAGCUCUUGCCAGGGUGUGCAACUCAUUCCCUUCAAAAUCAAUGAUGAAAUGGUAUUUUAACUUUCUUUACUCAAUCUUAACCACAGAAGAUUGCCUAUUUUAGACCGUCUAUUUUUGAAUCAAGUGUUAUUAACGCACAUGUUAUAGGUUUAAUAUAGUUUAAUCAGUGUGACAUAAGUAUCUAAGUAAUUCUAUUUACCAGAUGAUGUAUUUUUGUUAUUGUUAUCUAUUGCCAAUUCAGAAAAAGAGUACACAUUGUAUUUAAGUCUUACGGUGGAGUAACCUAUACUGUUAAAAUCUGGGUAACACUUUACUUUUUGGGUCAUGUCCAGAAAGAGCUAUUGUCUUGGGGUGGAAGAUAAGAAUUUCCUUCAGAGAACUGCUCCACAUAAACCCAAGUAAAUAUUAAUUUAUUAUUCAUGUACAGUUUUGGGACAUACGAUAUGGUCCAAAAUGUUCACUCGACAGUGAAGAAGUAGACGUGAAGAUGUAUCCCUCUCUCAUAUAUAUGUCCCCUAAAUGUGAAGCUACACCGCAACGACAGUUAGCUUAGCACAAAGACCGGAAACAGAGCAAAACAGCUAGCCUGGCUCUGUCCAUAGCCGACAAAAAACGCCUGCAGCAGCACCUCCAAAGCUUGAUAAUUAACACGUGAUAUCUUGUAUGUUUAAUUUGUACAAAAAAAGUGCAAAACAGAACACCAGCGCAGACUUUAGUGAGUAGCUACUCCCGGCUAAGAGACAGUCGGCCAUAUUACCGCCCCAUAAAACAGCUAUUUUUAAGACACUUGCACAGUCUAAAAAAAACUCUGUACAAUGUGUUAAUACAUUUAAGAGGUGAUUUUAAGAAGUUUCUGUUUCCACGAACAGAGCCAGGCUAGCUGUUCGCUACUCUAUUCUCAGUGUUUGGAUCAGCUAAGCUAACUGUAGUGGCAUGCUCGUUGUCCUAAAGUAUUGAUUUCCAUAUCUAAAAAAAAAAGAAGCAAAUAAGCAUAUUUAAUUCUCUAUUAUAUCAACUUGUUUAUAAUAAUUUGGAGUAUAUGAAUUGCAAGUGACUCUAUUCUACCCAUAAUCAAUGCUAGAACACAUUUUAGUGAAUUUCACUUUUCAGGAAAUUAAAUAAAGCCUCACCUAAAUUUGCGAGAUUGACAGCAGGCCGCAUCAUUUGCAUAUCAUCCCACAAGAUUUUGACUUAAAACAAUUUAAAACAAAACAAACCUUAAAAAUACUAAUUUUCAAAUGGCCCAACUGCAAUACGAAAACUGACUUCUGUGAUAUUGACAACAGGGGUCAGGCAGGGUUAGCAGCAACACCAAAGCCACCACGCAAACUGUGUUCAUACGCUUAGGGAGAGUAUUUACCGUCGACUAAAAAAAAUUGGAGUUGCCAAGUGUUAAAUACUUUUGCGUAUUCUGAUAGUUUUAGUUGAAUUACUUUGUUGCCUCACAAACAUGUCACUCAAAGACAAGAUCCUCACAUGGGGAAGUGCCUUGACAUUCAAUUUUAUGACAUCUUUCUCAUGAAGCAGAGGUUGUUUUCAGACUCUUGCCACAGGGGUGUUUACUGGAGCGCGAGACGUGUUUAUUGGAAAUUGUCCCUCUCUUUGGCCAAAUUAUUGCAUGUGUUUUGUCUUGAUUCCUUAGUUGUGACUAUGUUGGCCCAAUCUUUGGUAGCGCUACCAAACAGUAUGGCGGAGGGUGAUGAUGACAACACGUGUCUUUAUGUGCUGAGGACAAACCAAGAUCAAUAGAUAGGGCUGGUUGAUCUGAACUUCUUGCCAACCGGUGUCCGUCAUGGUGGCACUUCUGCUUGUCUUAGAGUCAACUUUAACCUACUUAUGUGCAAUUUGAGCUGAUGGAUACACCGUGCAGAUCAACCUCAAAACACAAUCUAAGCCAAUGGUUUGGAGUGAUGCCUAUAAAUGUUGUUUCUUCUUCUGUUUACUAUAUGAAAUGUGUUAUUUUGCGCUGAGUUUACUGAAGAAUACAUUUUUAAAAAAAACAAAUAAUGUGAAUGUUUACAGUAUAUGGUUUAGGGUUUUUCUUUCUUCUUUUUUUCUGCUACUCUCCAAGAAAAAUAAUGACUUGUGGGCAUUUUGAUUGAGAUAAAAUAA